AUGGCUAAGGACCAAGUGACAUUCAGUGGACGCCCGGAAGAAUGGCCACUGUUUAUAAGUUGGUUUAACAACACUACAACUUCUUGUGAAUUUACGAAUACGGACAAUCUACGUCGACUUCAAAACUGCCUCAAGGGUGAAGCUUUAGAUGCUGUCAGGAACAGACUCCUUAUUCCUGACCAAGUUCCAGGUGUUCUGAAGACUCUUCAAAUUCAUUUUGGACAGCCAGAAGUUAUAAUUGAUAACCUUGUGGAAAGGAUUCGUAAAGAACCACCACCUCGACAAGAUAAGUUGCAAACGAUUAUAAAGUUUUCUUUAGCAGUCCAAAACAUAUGUGGUGUGAUGGAAGCUACUGGUUUACAUGGGCAUUUAGAGAACCCAUCUCUAUUACGGGAGUUGACAAACAAAUUGCCACCACCUAUUCGUCUUGAAUGGGGCAGCUAUAGAAAAAAAUUAAGUGUUGUUAACCUCUCACCUUAUAGUUCAUGGCUAGAAGGAAUAGCACACUCUGCAUUAGUUGUUAACCCACUUGAUGAGCUUCAUUUACAAACCACCAGUCACCGAAGAAGUGGUACUAGAGCGGCAUCAGUUAACGUUCAUCAAGAUACAGAGAUACAAUCGCAACAAAACUUCAGAAAGUGCUUGCUUUGCACAUCUAAUUGCAAGGCAGUCGAUCAGUGUCAAAUAUUUUUGAAGAUGAACCUAAAUGACCGAUGGAAUGUUAUCAAGCGCCACUCAGUUGGCCGCACCUGCCUCCGCCAACACGGAAAGAACCGCUGA